UACAAUCUCUGUAUGACUUGCUUGUAGGUGUUGGUUAAGCUCUUUGUCCUGAGCCUGAAGGUCCAGUCACAGCAGCCAUGUUUCUGUACAACCUGACCCUGCAGCGGGCAACUGGCAUCUCCCAUGCCAUCCAUGGCAACUUCUCAGGAACAAAGCUGCAGGAGAUUGUUGUUUCCCGUGGGAAAAUUCUGGAACUGCUGCGUCCUGAUGCCAACACUGGGAAGGUCCACACACUGCUUACUAUGGAGGUGUUUGGUGUUAUCCGAUCCCUCAUGGCUUUCAGGUUGACAGGUGGAACUAAAGACUAUGUUGUGGUUGGAAGUGACUCUGGCCGAAUUGUGAUCUUGGAGUACCAUCCUUCCAAAAACAUGUUUGAAAAGAUACACCAGGAGACAUUCGGCAAGAGCGGCUGCAGACGUAUCGUGCCAGGGCAGUUCCUCGCUGUGGACCCAAAGGGCAGAGCUCUUAUGAUAGGUGCCAUAGAGAAGCAGAAGUUGGUAUACAUCCUGAACAGAGAUGCAGCUGCCCGCCUUACCAUCUCCUCCCCUCUAGAGGCCCACAAGGCUAAUACACUUGUUUACCAUGUGGUUGGUGUGGAUGUGGGUUUUGAGAACCCUAUGUUUGCCUGCCUGGAGAUGGACUAUGAGGAGGCCGAUAAUGAUCCCACCGGAGAGGCUGCGGCAAACACACAGCAGACUCUGACCUUCUAUGAGUUGGACUUGGGCCUCAACCAUGUGGUGCGCAAGUACAGCGAGGCACUGGAGGAACACGGCAACUUCCUCAUCACAGUUCCUGGUGGUUCGGAUGGUCCCAGUGGUGUGCUCAUUUGCUCUGAGAACUAUAUCACCUACAAAAACUUUGGAGACCAACCAGACAUCCGUUGCCCAAUCCCACGCAGAAGGAAUGACCUGGAUGAUCCUGAGCGAGGCAUGAUCUUUGUCUGCUCUGCCACCCACAAGACCAAAUCCAUGUUUUUCUUUCUAGCCCAGACAGAACAGGGAGACAUCUUUAAAGUUACUCUGGAAACUGAUGAGGAGAUGGUUACUGAGAUCAGGAUGAAGUAUUUUGAUACCAUCCCAGUGUCUACAGCCAUGUGUGUUUUGAAGACUGGCUUCUUACUUGUUGCUACAGAGUUUGGAAACCACUACCUGUAUCAGAUUGCCCACUUGGGUGAUGACGACGACGAACCAGAGUUUUCCUCUGCAAUGCCUUUGGAGGAGGGAGACACAUUCUUUUUCCAACCUCGCCCCCUUAAGAACCUUGUGUUGGUCGACGAGCAAGAAAAUCUUUCUCCCAUCAUGUCCUGCCAGAUUGCUGAUUUGGCUAAUGAAGACACCCCGCAGCUAUAUGUGGCGUGUGGCAGGGGACCCAGAUCUACACUGAGAGUUUUGAGACAUGGACUGGAGGUUUCAGAAAUGGCUGUCUCUGAACUGCCCGGUAACCCCAAUGCUGUGUGGACUGUUAGGAGACAUGUAGAAGAUGAGUUUGAUGCCUACAUCAUUGUGUCCUUCGUUAAUGCUACCCUGGUGCUUUCUAUCGGUGAGACUGUGGAAGAAGUGACAGACUCUGGUUUCUUGGGCACAACACCCACCCUGUCAUGCUCGUUGCUUGGGGAAGAUGCACUUGUGCAAGUCUACCCAGAUGGGAUCCGUCAUAUCCGUGCAGAUAAGAGAGUGAAUGAAUGGAAGACUCCAGGGAAGAAGACGAUUGUCCGAUGUGCUGUCAAUCAGAGGCAGGUGGUCAUUGCUUUGACUGGAGGAGAACUGGUCUACUUUGAGAUGGACCCGUCUGGGCAGCUGAAUGAAUACACUGAGAGGAAGGAGAUGUCGGCAGAUGUGGUGUGCAUGAGUUUGGCAAAUGUGCCUCCUGGUGAACAGCGUUCCCGUUUCCUGGCUGUUGGGUUGGUGGACAAUACAGUCCGCAUCAUCUCCCUGGAUCCAUCCGACUGUCUACAGCCGUUGAGUAUGCAGGCUCUUCCCGCCCAGCCGGAGUCACUUUGUAUUGUGGAGAUGGGUGGAGUGCAAAAACAGGAUGAGCUGGGAGAAAAGGGCACCAUUGGCUUUCUAUACCUCAACAUUGGCUUGCAGAACGGAGUGUUACUGCGUACUGUUUUGGAUCCAGUGACCGGGGACCUGUCUGAUACUCGAACUCGGUAUCUUGGUUCUCGUCCUGUCAAGCUUUUCAGAGUCCGGAUGCAGGCCCAAGAUGCUGUUCUGGCCAUGUCUAGUCGUUCCUGGCUGAGUUACUCAUACCAGUCUCGUUUCCACCUGACCCCAUUGUCAUAUGAAACCUUAGAGUAUGCUUCAGGGUUUGCUUCCGAACAGUGUCCUGAGGGUAUUGUUGCCAUUUCCACCAACACACUGAGGAUUUUGGCUCUUGAGAAACUGGGUGCCAUCUUCAACCAGGUGGCAUUCCCACUGCAGUAUACACCUCGCAAGUUUGUCAUCCACCCAGAGACGAAUAACCUGAUCCUGAUCGAAACGGACCACAAUGCCUACACUGAAGCCACCAAAGCCCAGCGCAAGCAGCAGAUGGCUGAGGAAAUGGUGGAGGCAGCGGGAGAGGAUGAAAGGGAGCUGGCUGCAGAAAUGGCAGCAGCUUUCUUGAACGAGAACCUGCCAGAAGCGAUCUUUGGGGCACCUAAAGCAGGCUCUGGGCAGUGGGCCUCACUAGUGCGCAUGAUCAACCCCAUCCAAGGAAACACACUGGACCUGGUGCAGCUGGAGCAGAACGAGGCUGCUUUCAGUGUGGCUGUAUGUCGAUUUUCCAAUGGAGGGGAUGAUUGGUAUGUGUUGGUGGGUGUUGCCAGAGAUAUGAUACUAAAUCCUCGCUCCGUUGGUGGGGGUUAUAUUUAUACCUAUCGGCUAGUUGGAGGUGGGGACAAGCUGGAGUUUUUACACAAGCAUGUUCCUAACUUGGUAACGGGCAUCCACACUAUUGGGCAGCGCGUGAUAGUAUCCGAUGUUCAGGAAAGUCUAUUCUGGGUGCGCUACAGACGCAACGAGAACCAGCUCAUCAUCUUUGCCGACGAUACAUAUCCUCGCUGGGUCACAACUGCCUGCCUGCUUGAUUAUGACACCAUGGCUGCUGCGGAUAAGUUUGGAAAUAUCUGCAUUGUCCGCCUGCCUCCCAACACCAGCGAUGACGUUGAUGAGGACCCCACAGGGAACAAAGCAUUGUGGGACAGAGGCUUGCUUAACGGAGCAUCACAAAAGGUAGAAGUUUCUUCUACCCUCAUUACUCAACUUUCCCACAGGUCCCGGAAAGACCUUUGGCACCGAGCUGGCCUUACCACUUGUUCCUCAUUGUUUUUGUCUGUCUGGUUGGUUUUGAGGUUGCUGUUCUCAUUGCGCACACUCAGAGACCUGCACCCCAAAACAUUUGGCAGGAGUCCACACUCCAAUCUGUUUCUGAAACCUCAGCAGCAAAUCUUGUCCUCUUGCCAGAGAUCAUUAUGUGCAGAUUAGGAGCAUGGAAAUGUUUAGGUGGACACAAGGGAAAGUCCCUAUUUGCACACCAAUGACUUGCGUCUAGCUUUGACGGACAUGCCUAAAGCAUGUGUAAUCAGGACUGAGCUGGACUGGGUGGUUGGUAUGAACAUUGUUGUAGAACUUGUCUAGGGAUGCACAAUAUAUCAUGACAAUUUAAAUUAUUAGCCAAUAUUAAUGGGGGUUUUUCUGUAAGUUGAUUGUAUCAGUGAUAUUCGAUAUUUAUUUGUCAGUGUUGGAUAUUUAACUCCCAUUUGUCAUUU